ACAAAGAGAGAGAGACACGUGUCCAGCUCUCCACCUGGUUGAAUCCCGGAUCGCAUGCAUGAUGGAUGAAACCAUCCUCCAUUCAGAAGUUAAUCCCUGCAACUUCAGGACCAUCCAAUACCAGGAGGCUGAAGGUCCCCGACAACUUUGCAGCAAGCUCCACAACUUUUGUAGGCAAUGGCUGAGACCAGAAAAGCACACCAAAGCCCAGAUGCUGGACCUGGUUGUUCUGGAGCAACUCCUGGCUAUCCUGCCCCCAGAGAUGGAGAGCUGGGUGCGGGAGUGUGGAGCAGAGACCAGCUCCCAGGCGGCGGCCCUGGCAGAAGGCUUCCUCCUAAGCCAGGCAGAGGAGAAGAAAGAGCUAGUUGAGUUGCAGUGCUGCACUGUGGAGAUCAGAGAUCCUGCGGGAGAGCAGAAUCCAUCAAAUCCUGCUCAGGAUCCAUUUUUCAGGAGGAUCCCUUGGGAAGAACAAAGUCAGGACACCUCAGGAGGUAGUUGA